GCUCGACAAAACUCGCUGCGCUACCCGCUCGACCAUCUCGCCUCGCUCUAGGUUUUCCUUCGGCGCACCGCAACAGCGCCGCGUCAACAGAGCGACCGCCGCCGAGGCGCGACACCGCCGGUCCAUCCAAACCGCGCUCGCCGCAUCGAAGGGGGCCUCCCAACCGCCGAGCCAGCCUCUAGACGACGACAACGAGCACGAGGACGAACGAAUGGGGAGGAAGGGGCGGAAGGGGAAGGGCGCGGCGGCCGGGCCAGCCGCCGGGGGGAGCGGCGGCAUGAGGGAGGCGACGCUGGUGCGCGUCUCAAAGGUGCUCGAGGACUUCCGCGCCUCCAACGCCGAGGUGUACACAUUUGAACCUGGUAUAUCCAGACAAGAGCGAGCUGCAAUCCAUCAGAUGUGUAGGAAAAUGGGCAUGCUAUCUAAAAGUUCUGGGAAUGGGGAAAAGCGAUGCCUUUCUGUUUAUAAAAGAAAACAGAAGCGUGAGCCUGAAAUGGAAGAAGGCCCUAGCUACCUUGGGUUUUCUGAGGAGGCAAGGCAUGUUUUGCAGGAUUUAUUUAUGCAUUACCCUCCUGGUGAUGCUGAUUUAAAUGGGGAUUUCGACCGGAAUUCUAGUGAUAAGGCUGCAAACAUCAAAUGGAAAACAGAUAGUGCGUUUUGCAGGCCAGUAAUGAGUAAACUUGAUAUAACGAAGAAAGUCGAGAUGCUUGCCUCUAAAGUAAAUGGAUCCUACCAGUUGAGAAAGAUCAUGGAAGACAGGACAAAACUUCCUAUUUCAUCCUUCAAGGAUGUCAUCACUUCAACUUUGGAAAAUCACCAGGUGGUUCUUAUUUCUGGACAAACAGGCUGCGGUAAAACCACCCAGGUGCCUCAAUACAUCUUGGAUCAUAUGUGGGGCAAGGGUGAGUCAUGUAAGAUCAUAUGCACUCAACCACGUCGGAUAUCAGCUAUUUCAGUUGCCGAGCGAAUCUCUGCUGAAAGAGGAGAGGCUGUUGGUGACACCGUUGGAUAUAAGAUACGUUUGGAGUCAAAAGGAGGGCAGAAUUCAUCAGUCUUGUUCUGCACAAAUGGUGUUCUUUUGAGAGUACUGAUAGGAAGAGGAACUAAAACUUCAAAAGCACGUAAUCCUUCAAAAGCACGAAAUCAGAAACGCUCAUUAGAUGAUGCAAUUUUGGGAAUAACACACAUCAUUGUGGAUGAAAUCCAUGAAAGGGAUAGGUUUUCUGAUUUCAUGCUGACUAUUCUAAGAGACUUGUUGCCGGUGUAUCCUCAUCUUCGUCUGGUACUCAUGAGUGCAACAAUUGAUGCUGAGCGUUUUUCGCAAUAUUUCAAUGGAUGUUCGGUCAUUCAAGUCCCUGGUUUUACCUAUCCUGUCAAAAGUUUCUAUUUGGAGGAUGUGCUUUCUAUUCUGCAGUCUGCGGGUGAUAAUCAUCUAAAUACUACCAGUGAUAAAAAAGAGAGCAUUGUUUUAACUGAUGAUUUCAAAAGCUCAAUGGAUGAUUCAAUUAACCUGGCUUUGGUCAAUGAUGAAUUUGAUCCUCUCCUUGAGCUUAUUUCUGCAGAGCAGAACAGAGAAGUCUGUAAUUACCAGCAUUCAGAGACUGGUGUAACACCUUUAAUUGUUUUUGCUGCGAAGGGUCAGCUUGGGGAUGUCUGUAUGCUUUUAUCUUUUGGUGUGGAUUGUUCAGCACAGGAUCAUGAUGGAAAAUCUGCAUUAGAUUGGGCACAAGAAGAGAAUCAACAAGAGGUCUAUGAAGUAAUCAAGAAACAUAUGGAGUGUAGUUCAGAAAAAUCAACUGAAGAUAACGAGCUGCUUAAUAAGUACUUGGCGACUAUUAAUCCAGAGCACAUUGAUACUCUGCUAAUUGAACGGUUGCUUGGAAAAAUUUGUGUGGAUUCCAAUGAAGGAGCCAUCUUAGUAUUUCUUCCUGGCUGGGAAGAUAUCAAUCAAACACGUGAAAGGUUAUUUGCUUCUCCGUUCUUUCGGGAUUCAUCAAGAUUUCUUGUGUUAUCUCUUCACUCUAUGAUCCCGUCUUCGGAGCAGAAAAAGGUUUUCAAACGUCCACCAGCAGGGGUUCGUAAAAUUAUUCUCUCAACGAAUAUUGCAGAGACUGCUGUGACAAUUGAUGAUGUUGUGUUUGUCAUAGAUAGUGGGAGAAUGAAAGAGAAAAGUUAUGAUCCAUACAAUAAUGUGUCCACACUUCAUGCUUCUUGGGUUUCAAAAGCCAGUGCAAGACAACGUGAAGGGCGUGCUGGCCGAUGUCAGCCAGGAACUUGCUAUCAUCUUUACUCAAGGUUUAGAGCAUCAUCCUUGCCAGACUACCAAAUUCCUGAAAUAAAAAGAAUGCCCAUUGAGGAACUUUGUUUGCAGGUCAAACUGCUUGAUUCAAACUGCAGAAUAGCAGACUUUCUGAAGAAAACCUUGGACCCUCCAAUUCCAGAAACUGUAGGAAAUGCUAUUGCUGUGCUUCAGGAUCUUGGUGCUUUAACACAAGAUGAACAAUUAACAGAAUUAGGAGAAAAGCUGGGUUCCCUGCCAGUCCAUCCAUCCACCACCAAGAUGCUCCUGUUUGCUAUAUUAAUGAACUGCCUGGAUCCAGCAUUGACAUUGGCAUGUGCAGCUGAUUAUAGAGAUCCAUUUGUCCUUCCAAUAGCGCCAGAUGAGAGGAAAAGGGCAGCUGCAGCGAGAGUUGAGCUUGCUUCAUUGUAUGGUGGGUUCAGCGACCAACUUGCAGUUGUGGCGGCAUUUGACUGCUGGAGGCGUGCCAGAGAUAGAGGCCAAGAAUCUCAAUUUUGUGCAAAGUACUUUGUCUCUUCAAACAUCAUGAAUAUGCUAUCAAACAUGAGGAAACAACUUCAGAAUGAACUGUCACAAAGAGGGUUUGUCCCUGCAGAUGCAUCUGCCUGCAGCUUAAAUUCUAAAGAUCCAGGUAUCAUGCGUGCCGUUCUUAUGGCUGGUGCUUACCCAAUGGUAGGGAAAUUGCUCCCUCCUCGCAAAAAUGCUAGAAAAGCAGUUGUGGAAACAGCAAGUGGUGCCAAAGUUCGUUUGCACCCACACUCCUGUAACUUUAACCUAUCUUUCAAUAAAUCUUAUGGGAAUCCAUUGCUGAUAUAUGAUGAGAUCACUCGAGGUGAUGGUGGAAUGUAUAUAAAAAAUUCUUCAGUUGUUGGGUCAUAUCCUUUGCUUCUAAUAGCUACAGAAAUGGUUGUUGCUCCACCUGAUGAUGAUAGUGAUGAAGAGGAAAAUUCCAGUGAGGAUGAAGCUGAGGAAAGCACUUUGGUCCAGCACAAAGAAGACAUCAUGUCUUCACCUGAUAGCACUGUUUCAGUUGUUGUUGAUCGGUGGCUCCGUUUUGACGCAACGGCUCUGGAUGUUGCACAAAUAUACUGCCUAAGAGAACGUCUAGCAUCUGCUAUUCUUUUCAAAGUGAAACAUCCGCAAGAUGUUCUACCGCCUGCGCUUGGCGCCUCAACAUAUGCCAUCGCAUGCAUCCUUUCAUAUGAUGGCUUGCCUGCUAUGGUUCCACCGAAUGAUCUUUCAGCAAACCAAGGUUCAGGCCAGAAUUUAGCAGAAGCUAGCAGAUUCUCUCAGGGAAGAAGAACGGGUUAUAUUCCACCUAGUGGUUUUCUGAUGUCCUUAUUAGCUGAUAAGACCCAUCCAGGAGGUGCUUCAGCGCAUACUCAGCCAUCCAGGGCUCCUGUUGGUAGGUUUGAUCGAUCUCAGCGUCCUUUCCGCAGUUCUGGACCUGGGAGUUCAGCACCACGUUCUUUCAAAAGGCAGCGCAACGCUGCACGGUGAGCUGGGCUUAAAGACAGCCUUUUGCAUGCCCUUUUGGAUGUGCUUUAUCAACAGUGCCUGAUCGUAGAAAAGGACGUAAUAUAGAAUCACAAGUUUUCUGUAUUCCGUUGUAGAAAUGAAAGGAAAGAAUUAUAGCACGUCAACGGAUUCCUCUGUCGAAGAGCUCAGAGAUCACAGGUUUUGUAUGUAUGGGCUUGAGUUUUCUGUUUCCGCAGGUCAGGCGAGCUUAUCUGCAUCAUAGACCGCAGAGGUGCCUGUAAUCUUCGUGAUGGACUUCAGAUCUCAAAAGGAAAAUGGAAAAGAAACGCGAAGACUUGUUACUUGUUCAAAUAAUGAGCGCCAUAA